CAACAGGCAGGGCGGAACUGCUGUUUGCAGUAUGUCGAAGGAAGACGGACAGGCAGGCUGAGUUACAGCUUUUAAAGUAACGUGUUAACACGGCAAGGUGCUAGGUUAGAUCCCCUGUUUUUCUUACAACAUCGAGGAUACUUUGGCGGCUUGUUUCUGGGUGUUUUGUAAGAGUUUGAACUUCCCUCACAUUCUCCCCAACCGUAUUUCCACGAAGGGAGGCGGCGGCGGAGCGCUCGGCAGCCAUCUUUGGACCUGCCUGGGAGUGGGAUUCGACUAUUCUGGCUCCCCAUUACUUCGAGGCUCUGAACACAUAUGAGACCACUGUCCUGCAGAUGAGCCAUCGGUGGGGGCUUUCAAGUCGCUGUCGCAGACCCAGAUAGUUCCUGGCGGCAGCGGCAUCGCCCCCCAACUCCCCAUUAUGCCCAACAGCAGUCGGGCGGGGAGCCUGAAGGACCCCGAAAUCGCAGAUCUCUUCUUCAAGGAGGACCCAGAAAAGCUCUACUCAGAUCUGCGGGAGAUCGGACAUGGCAGCUUUGGUGCUGUAUACUUUGCACGGGAUGUGCGGACAAAUGAGGUGGUGGCCAUCAAGAAGAUGUCCUACAGUGGAAAGCAGUCCACCGAGAAAUGGCAAGACAUAAUCAAGGAGGUGAAAUUCCUGCAAAGAAUACAACACCCAAACAGCAUAGAGUACAAAGGAUGUUACCUGCGAGAGCACACUGCCUGGCUGGUAAUGGAGUACUGUCUAGGCUCUGCUUCAGAUUUGUUAGAAGUUCACAAGAAACCUCUACAAGAAGUUGAAAUAGCUGCAAUUACCCAUGGGGCUCUUCGAGGAUUGGCCUAUCUUCACUCCCACAACAUGAUUCACCGAGAUAUCAAGGCAGGAAACGUCUUGCUGACGGAGCCAGGGCAGGUGAAACUGGCAGAUUUUGGUUCUGCCUCUACUGCCUGCCCGGCCAACUCCUUCGUUGGGACUCCAUAUUGGAUGGCCCCAGAAGUAAUUUUAGCCAUGGAUGAGGGCCAGUAUGAUGGAAAGAUUGACAUUUGGUCUUUGGGAAUCACCUGCAUUGAAUUAGCUGAGAGGAAGCCUCCACUGUUCAACAUGAAUGCAAUGAGUGCCUUAUACCAUAUAGCACAGAAUGAGAGCCCCACGCUGCAGUCUAGUGAAUGGUCCGAAUAUUUCCGAAACUUUGUAGAUUCUUGCCUUCAGAAAUUUCCCCAGGAUAGACCAAACUCUGAGGAGCUCUUAAAGCAUGCAUUUGUCCAGCGUGAGCGACCAGAAUCAGUUCUCAUAGACCUGAUAAGUCGGACUAAGGACGCAGUGCGAGAGCUUGACAAUCUGCAGUAUCGUAAAAUGAAGAAGAUCUUGUUUCAAGAAGCCCACAAUGGCCCCACAACGGAAGCACAAGAUGAAGAGGAGGAGCCAGAACACAGCAUGGGUAGGAUGGGGACAGUAAACAGCGUGGGGAGCAACCAAUCCAUACCCAGUAUGUCAAUCAGUGCCAGUUCCCAGAGCAGCUCUGUCAACAGCCUGACAGAUGCAGGCGAUGACAAGAGUGAGGUGGACAUAGAGGGAGACCACACAGUCAUGUCCAACAGCUCUGUGAUACACCUCAAACCGGAGGAACAGACAUAUAAUGAAGAGUCGGAGCCAAACAGCCGACCCACUGAGCCUCAGUCCCCUCCCGCACACACUCCACGGCCGAAACGAAACCGCGAACACUUUGCUACCAUUCGCACAGCCUCAGUGCUCACUCGCCAGAUAAAGGAGCAUGAACAAGACUCUGAGUUAAGAGAGCAGAUAUUGGGCUACAAGAGGAUGAGGCGGCAGCACCAGAAACAGCUGAUGGCUCUGGAAAACAAGCUGAAGGCUGAGAUGGAUGAGCACAGACUCCGCCUGGACAAAGAGCUGGAGAACCAGAGGAACAGCUUCGCCCAGGAGAUGGAGAAACUGAUCAAAAAGCACCUGGUGUCCAUGGAGAAAGAUGCAAAAACCUUUAACAAUGAUGAGAAGAAGUUCCAGCAACAUAUUCAGAGUCAGCAGAAGAAAGAGCUCAACAGCUUCCUCGAAUCCCAGAAACGCGAGUACAAACUUCGCAAGGAACAACUUAAAGAGGAGUUGAAUGAAAACCAGUCUACACCCAAGAAAGAAAAGCAAGAGUGGUUGUCCAAGCAGAAGGAGAACUUCCAACACUUCCAAGCUGAGGAGGAGGCCAACCUGCAGCGCAGACAGAGGCAGUAUCUGGAUCUGGAGUGCCGCAGAUUCAAACGGAGGAUCUUGAUCGCUCGCCACAAUAUCGAACAGGAUUUAGCGCGUGAGGAGCUAAACAAGCGUCAGACCCAGAAGGAUUUGGAACACGCCAUGCUUCUCCGGCACCAUGAGUCCAUGCAAGAGCUGGAGUUCCGCCAGCUCAACACCAUCCAAAAGACCAGGGCUGAGCUCACCCGCCUGCAGCACCAGACGGAGCUGACCAAUCAGCAGGAGUACAACAAGAGGAGGGAGAGGGAACUUCGACGUAAACACGUUAUGGAGGUCCGCCAGCAGCCCAAGAGCCUCAAGUCCAAAGAGCUACAGAUCAAGAAGCAGUUCCAGGACACAUGUAAGAUCCAGACCCGGCAGUACAAAGCGUUGAGGAACCAUCUGUUGGAGACCACACCAAAGUCAGAGCACAAGGCUGUCCUUAAACGACUGAAGCAGGAGCAGCACCGCAAACUUGCCAUCUUGGCAGAGCAGUAUGACCACUCCAUCAAUGAGAUGCUUUCCACUCAGGCGCUCCGUCUGGAUGAGACUCAGGAGGCUCAGUGCCAAGGCCUGCGCAUGCAGCUGCAGCAGGAGCUGGAGCUGCUCAACGCCUACCAGAGCAAGAUCAAGAUGCAGACAGACGCCCAGCACGAGCGCGAGAGGAAGGACCUGGAGCAGAGGGUGUCCAUCCGAAGGGCCCUGCUGGAACAGAAGAUCGAGGAGGAGAUGUUGUCCUUGCAGAAUGAACGCUUGGAGCGAAUCCGGAGCCUUCUGGAACGUCAAGCCAGAGAAGUGGAGGCUUUUGAUUCAGAGAGCAUGCGCCUGGGCUUCAGCAAAGUGGUGCUAUCCAACAUCUCCCCAGAGGCCCUCAGCAACAGCUUUCCCGGAGCUACAGCUAAUUGGAGUCACCAUCAGCAACAACAACCGUCCGGGGGCUCUCAAGGCUCACCCUGGAGCAGCGGAGGUUCUAGCGUAGGGUCCGGCCACCACGGCAGCCAUCACAACUACCACUCCAGUCCGGGAGGGGCAUCUAUGCAGCAAGGCUGGGGGCAGGGAGGUGGGGCUCCUUCACCAUGGGGCCAUCCAUCAGCAGGAGGCAUGGUGUCUCGCAGCAGUGGAGGUGCACAGAACAGCCCCCAAGCAAUGGGGAGGACACCCUCGGGAGGGCGCAAUGAGCAGAAUAUGAGCAGGAGUACCAGUGUCACCUCUCAAAUAUCCAACGGGUCACACCUCUCCUUCACAUAG